GUGCCACUUGGCUACAACUACGGCGAACACGUUCAAUUUAAACUCAGCGGCACUUUAACUUUUGUAGUUUCAUUCUUACAAUACUUUAAGUCGCCAUUUUUGUUUUAUUUUACGUUAAUACUCAUGCGUCACUUUAUUAGAUUAUAAAUCGCGUUUUUGAUUCAGACCGUUCCCAGGCUUCCGUAGCGCUGUGCUGGCUCGUAGCUUCAGUUGUUGCGCAGAAACGCGUCGAUUAAACCGAAACAGCCGAAAGUUGAUGCGUCAGAAAUGAGCCGAAGUUACAACGAUGAGCUGCAGUUCCUGGACAAACUGUCCAGUAACUGCUGGAGGAUCAAGAAAGGCUUCGUGCCCAACAUGCAGGUGGAGGGGAUCUUCUACGUCAACGAUCCUCUGGAGAAGCUGAUGUUUGAGGAGCUUCGGAACGCCUGUCGAGGAGGAGGCUUCGGCGGCUUCCUUCCUGCCAUGAAGCAGAUUGGGAACGUGGCGGCGCUGCCCGGGAUCAUACACAGGUCCAUCGGGCUCCCUGACGUCCACUCCGGGUACGGCUUUGCGAUCGGGAACAUGGCGGCCUUCGACAUGAGCAACCCUGAUUCUGUGGUGUCUCCAGGUGGCGUCGGCUUCGACAUAAACUGCGGCGUCCGCCUCCUGAGGACGAACCUGGACGAGGGGGACGUGCAGCCGCUGAAGGAGCAGCUGGCCCAGAGUCUGUUCAACCACAUCCCGGUCGGGGUCGGAUCCAAGGGCGUCAUCCCCAUGAGCGCCAAGGACCUGGAGGAGGCCCUGGAGAUGGGCGUGGACUGGUCCCUGAGGGAGGGCUACGCCUGGGCCGAGGACAAGGAGCACUGUGAGGAGUACGGCCGGAUGCUGCAGGCCGACCCCAACAAGGUGUCAUCGAAGGCCAAGAAGAGAGGCCUCCCCCAGCUGGGAACUCUGGGAGCAGGAAACCACUACUGUGAGAUCCAGGUGGUGGACGAGAUCUACGACGACUACGCCGCCAAGAAGAUGGGCAUCGACCACAAAGGUCAGGUGUGUGUGAUGAUCCACAGCGGCAGCAGAGGCCUCGGACACCAGGUGGCCACAGACGCUCUGGUGGCCAUGGAGAAGGCGAUGAAGAGGGAUCAGAUCGUGGUGAACGACCGGCAGCUGGCGUGCGCUCGCAUCACGUCGCCGGAGGGGCAGGACUACCUGAAGGGCAUGGCCGCGGCAGGAAACUACGCCUGGGUCAACCGCUCGUCCAUGACCUUCCUCACCAGACAGGCGUUCGCUGAGGUCUUCACCACGACGCCGGACGACCUGGACAUGCACGUCAUCUACGACGUGUCUCACAACAUCGCCAAGGUGGAGGAGCACAUGGUGGACGGGAGACAGAAGACGCUGCUGGUUCACCGCAAAGGAUCCACGCGAGCGUUUCCCCCCCACCACCCGCUCAUCCCGGUCGACUACCAGCUCACAGGUCAGCCGGUGCUGAUCGGAGGGACGAUGGGGACCUGCAGCUACGUCCUGACGGGGACGGAGAAGGGGAUGACGGAGACGUUCGGCACCACGUGUCACGGCGCGGGUCGCGCUCUCUCUCGGGCGAAGUCCCGCAGGAACCUGGACUUCCAGGACGUCCUGGACAAGCUCGCCGACAAGGGCAUCGCCAUCCGGGUGGCUUCGCCCAAACUGGUCAUGGAGGAGGCUCCGGAGUCGUACAAGAACGUGACGGACGUGGUGAACACGUGUCACGACGCUGGGAUCAGUAAGAAGGCCAUCAAGCUGCGGCCCAUCGCGGUGAUCAAAGGCUGAAGCUCAGAGACAUCACCACUAACACACCAGAUGUACAGAAGAAGAUAGAAGCACUUUUUUUUUUUCUUUUGAGAAGAAAAUGAAUUUAAUUUGUGAAACAGAAUGAAAAUAUUUUUCUGAUUUUUGUCAAAUCUGUGAUCCAAUAAAGACGAUCGCUGAGAACUGGAACCUUUUCUGUUGAGGAUCAAAGGACAAACACGUUUCAGAUGAAUAAACACUUUAUUGGUUCUAACAGAAAAGUUCAGCAUCAACCAUCAAACUUAUUUGGCGAAUUUUUACAAACGAGCAAACGUUGGCUCGUUCAGCUGGAAACAACAAAAACUAACAAACAUAUAAAUUCAUCUCUAAACUUCAACUGAACAGGAUUGUUUUCUGUGUUUAAACUACGUCCAGGUUCAGUGUGGCGACACCUGGUGGUGAAGGAGGGGGAACUUUGUUUCUCUACAGACGUGUCGUCACAGAAUGAAAACUAAAGGGACAGUUCAACAAGCGACAAGUUAAAUAAAGGUUCUAAUGUUUAAGAGAAGAAUUCUGUGAAGGAACUGGUCCAGUAGGAUUUAAACCUGCAGCUGCACCGGAUGUGUCCGAUCAUCAGAACGUGUUGACCGGGUUCUUUACCAAACAAACUUCUGAUAUCACAACUUUACACUCAGGGUUACUUCCUGAAACAUCCGAGUGUUUCCCUGUCGUCUAGUUUGGGUUUAAUUUUAGGAAAAACAAAGUAUAUUUUUAUCCCUAGAGGAUUUUUCGAAAAAGUAAAUGAUAUAAACUUAAAGAUUCGGUCAAACUCAGGAUCAAAUCAAACUUUGUAGAUUCACUGAACUUCAGCAUAAUGACCCUUUAA